CUGCCUUGAAUGAUAUUGUAAAACAAACUGGUAAUAAUGAUAUAAUAUUGAAGCAUUUGGAUCUCUCUUCCUUCAAGUCAGUGAGAAAAUUUGCUGAAGAAAUAUACAGCAGUGAAGAGAAAAUCGAUGUUUUGAUAAAUAAUGCUGGAACAGUUAGUACAGUUGAGAGAAAACUCAGUGAAGAUGGUCUUGAAUUAACAAUGGCAGUGAAUCAUUUUGGACAUUUCCUGUUGACAAAUUUACUUCUAGAUCUACUUCGUCGUUCAGCUCCUUCUCGUAUCGUUGUCGUAUCUUCAUCGUAUCAUUAUUCCUUUAUUACUACACGAUCAUUGAUAAAAUUGGAUGAUUUGCAAUUUGAAAAAUCCUAUACAAACUUGGAAGCCUAUGGACAAAGCAAACUUGCUAAUAUUUUAUUUACUCGUGAAUUGGCUAAACGUUUAAAGGGAACUGGUGUUAUUGCAAACUCCCUUCAUCCUGGUGUUUUUAGCACUGAAAUUGGUCGCGAUGCAUUUCCACAGAACUUUAAUAAAUUUGUAAAAUUUAUUUCACAUGUAGUAAUGAAGACGCUUGAGGAGGGAGCGCAGACAACAAUACACCUUGCUGUGUCUGAAGACGUAGAAAAUGUUACUGGAAAGUAUUUUGUGGAUUGUGAAGAGACAAAACCAGCUCAUACAGCAGAAGACGAUGAUGGAGCUAAACGACUGUGGGAACUUAGCGAAAAAAUUGUUCAACUAUCUACACAAGAAUAAAACAAUCUUAUUUCAAAACAAAAGCUGCAAUGCUCAUCAAUUUACAAUGUUAGUUUAUUUGGUUAGCUUAAUAGAAUGUAACAUGAUAUCUCUACAGAUAGCAGGUUUCACGGCUCUUCAGAUAUGACAUUCACAAAUGAAGAGUUUAAAACAUAUAAUUUUUCUGCUUGAUAUAUGAUCUCUUUAAAAAAACCCGCACUGUACCACCGUA